AACACGUGUAUUUGUUUAUUAGUGUUUUGUUAUGCGUGAAAACCGACAAUCGAUUUUAGUAAUAAAAAAAUGCGUGGUAGCGUUAUAUUUCAGCCUAAUCGUGCGCUCGGGUUUGUUAGCAAUCAUGUUCCAGCUUAUGUGCGAUAUAUUGAGAGUCGAAACGAGAAUGUCAUAACAACAUGUGUCGGAAAAUCAUUUCAUGUGUACGGUGCAAAUAGCUUCCGUCUCAUAAGAGUGGGUGGAUUACAUCCGGAGGAUAUAGGCUGUAUCGCUGCCGACGGUUUCCUGACGUAUGUCGCAGCUGGAAAUUUGAUUUAUGGCUGGCGCUCUAGCACUCAGCUUCGAAAAACAUACCGAGGUCAUGCCAAGAAAGUGCACCUGCUGCUACCUUUCGGAAAGCAUUUACUAUCCGUUGACGAAAAUAGUUUGCUUAAAAUAUGGUUUGUAGGUACAGAGGAAGUAUACCUUGAAAUUCCGUUCGAUAAUGAUAAGUUUGAGGUCUCGACUUUGAUGCAUCCAGCAUCAUAUAAAAACAAAAUAUUGUUGGGCAGCUGCCAGGGAGGCUUACAACUAUGGAAUAUCAAGAAUGCGAAAUUAGUUCACACUUUCAAGGGUUAUAACAAUAAAAUUGUAGUGCUUAAUCAGGCACCUGCAAUUGAUGUUGCAGCGAUUGGUUUACAAAACGGAAGAAUAAUUUUACUGAACCUGAAAUAUGAGGAGAACGUAAUGGAGUUAAGUCAAGAUUGGGGUCCAGUUACCGGAAUAACAUUUCGUACCGAUGGACAUCCAAUCAUGGCUACGUCAAGUACCAACGGUCAAAUCACUUUCUGGAAUUUAGAGGAACAGAUUAUUGUGUCUACGUUACAGGCUCAUGACGAUACUGUGACCAGUAUGAAAUGCUUCCCAAAUGAACCUUUACUAUUGACAACGUCGCCGGAUAAUUCUAUGAAACUGUGGAUUUUCGAUUUACCAGAUGGAGGGGCACGGUUAUUGCGCAUUCGAGAGGGUCAUGGAGCUCCCCCAACUUGCAUUCGCUACCAUGGAGCAUGCGGACGAAAUAUUCUGUCAGCUGGAGAGGACUCUUCACUGCGCAUUUUUAGUACGGUUUCUGAAACAAUGAACAAAAGUAUGGGGAAAGCCAGUUACAACCGCAAAGCGUCUAAAAAGCAUCGCAAACGAGACGAUCCCUUCCGGAUGCCACCAAUUAGUUUCUUCACUUCCGAGACAACCCGGGACAAAGAAUGGGAUAGCAUUGCUGCUGCUCACAGCGGAAUAGUUCAGGUUACUACCUGGUCGUUCGACAAGUGCCGUAUGGGAGAACUGAAAUUGGUACCGGAAGCUUUCCAGAAUAAAUAUCGUACGGAUUUUGGUGUAACUGUAACUGCACUUUGCUUAAGUCACUGUGCGAACUUUGUCGCUAUUGGCUACUCGAGUGGUCAUUUGGAACGGUUUAAUGUGCAAAGUGGAAUUCAUCGUGCCAGCUAUGGUAAACCAUCUGCACACGACAGUGUGGCGGUGCGAGGGGUUUCGAUGGACAAUCUGAAUCAGAUGGUGGUGUCCGGUGGAGCCGAAAGAACGAUUAAAUGGUGGCAGUUCAAACAUAAUACCAGCACACCCAUCUUUUGCCUUCAACUGAGCGAGCCGGUAUCCUUGUUCAGCACACAUCGAGAGAGCGCAAUGAUUGCUGUCGCUCUGGAGGAUUUCUCAGUAAUGAUUGUGGAUUGUGAUAGCCGGACUGUAGUGCGUAAAUUUGUAAGUCAUCGGGGUCCUAUAACGGAUAUGUGCUUCUCACCGGAUAGUCGUUGGCUUCUCACUACUAGCCGAGAUUGUUCUAUCAAAGUGUGGGAUAUUCCUUCAGCCUAUCUAGUUGAUCAUUUUCGGAUGCCACAGAUUUGUACCUCGCUAACAAUGUCCCCAACAGGCGAUUUUCUUGCAACCACUUAUGUCGACAGCAACGGAAUCUAUCUGUGGGCUAACAAAACGAUGUUUUCGCAUGUUUCUUUACGAGCAAUCAAUCCAGAAGCCGAGGCUCCUCUCAUGGUUCUGCCAGCAACAAUAUGCGACGAAAACGUAGUCGUAGUACCCAAUGAUACGGUCAUGGAGACUGAUUUGGAAGAAGCUAUGGAAACAAUCAACCUAAAUUACGAAAGUCCUCCACAAUUAUCAAGAGAAUUAAUUACAAUGUCAAACCUGGCCGCCUCCCGUUGGCAGAAUCUGUUGAAUUUGGAUGUAAUAAAAAAGCGCAACCGACCAAAACAACCACCUCAAAAACCUAAAUCAGCUCCGUUCUUCUUGCCAACGGUGUCAGGUUUGGACUUUCAGUUUGAUUUAAACGGUACCGAACAGUCUUCUGCCGGCAACGAUUCGAGAAUAUUGAAACCGACACAGGUUGAGCAGUUAACUAGCUUUGGGAAGUUACUGAAGGCCUGCGUUUCUAGCAACGUCAAGGAAUUUCACGAACCGAUUGAGUUCCUCAUCAAGCUCGGGCCAUCCAUGGUAGAUUACGAAAUUCGAAACUUGAGUCCGCUGGAUGGUGGUAGUGGCAGCAUAUCCGUAAUGGCCGCUUUCAUGCGAAUGAUAAUCACCGUGCUAGACAGCAAAACGCACUUUGAACUCGGACAAAGUUGGUUAAGUGUGUUUCUCAAAAACCAUGGUCGAACUAUCGCGGAGCAUAUGGAAUUGAAAGUUUUGCUGAACGAUUUGGAGAAGGCUCAAAUGAGGGGUUGGGCCGUGUUGGAGGAAAAACUUCUUUAUGGAAUUGGAGUGGUUAGUAGUUUACGAAACUUCAGUGCUUGAUGAAUAUAAUGAAAUUUAUUCUGCAAAAGUAA